AUGGUCUCGAUCACUAUUGAAGGGCUUCGAACCGAAGGAAAGGAGGAACCCGAGAACACAACACUCGAUGUGCCCGCAGAGACCGAGUUGGCCAGUCUUCCUUCGCUAGCUCCAGGAUACCUUAUACCUGAUCGUUUCUCUCGGAUAAAACAAAACGGCACCGUGGGCGGCGCGUUCAUGCUCGACUCUGCCUAUUGCCUGAACCAUCCUACUGAGAACAUCGAGAUUUCAACGGACCGUCCGUCCAAUUUCAGUAAGCGAUGUAUCAACGUUGACGAUACCUUCCUCCAUUUCGUCACCCUUGAGAAGGGUGGCCGGGCGUUGACGGCCAAGCUCGAUGGCGAAGGAUUAGGACAGAGCUCGAGUAUAGUGAUUGAUGGCGAGUUGGAAAUUACCUUCCAUCGCACACUGCGCAUGCCUGACGACGUUAAGACCCAUCCUUUACCAGCUUCACACGGCACUUUUCCACUCUACAAUGUCGACGCCUUUGCAUCCAGAUUACCGGAGAAGAUAACGCAGCGUGGUGGUAUUUUCUUUCCCAUGUGGCAGCGAGAGGCUCUCUGGUUCAACUUCCAAAACAAUAGCAGAACUACCCGUUAUGCAAUCCGAGUUAACAUCGGCCACAUCAACGCCGUAAGCGGCCUUAAUAUUUUUGAGGCUUCUGGGAAGCAAGAUUACAUUGUGGUUCCUGGUCAGAAGUGGCUUGACGGAGUUGCUGUUGCUCCUGGUGUUGUACGCCAGUUUGUGGCCAUGCCUCUUGGAUCUGGCUAUACCGUUGAAGGGCAAAUCAGCGGAAAGGAGUCCUUUGGCGGGAUCCAGAUAGAGGUUAUUCCGUCAUAUGAACGCAAUUCUUACACGUUCAAGUACCGAAAUGAGCAGGGUAAACACGUCGGGAUGGCUGAGUAUAGUACACCGCGCCAGCGUGGGCUCAAAAAUGGCGAUAUGGUCAAAAUUACAAACGUCUCUUCGACAUUCCUUGAGCCAGCAAAGAUUUACGAUCUUCUCGAUGAUGGGGAGAGCUUUGAGGGAAUACAAAGGCUCCACCUAAUGGCCGGCUAUCUCAGCCCUACCGGCCUCGGUGGCUCGGCUUCACCAUCACGCAGAAGAGCAGUGAAGUCUAAAAGAAAAUCGGCUUUGUAUUCCUAUCCUCCUUCAUAUAACUCAGCUUCUUAUGACUCAGCUUCUUAUUAUGAUCGGGCACGCUUGCGGAGCGUUCUUGAACGGGGUGAACCGGAUGAACUAAGCAGAGAUUACAGCCCGACAGAGGCUUACAAUCCCCGACGCCCACAAGAAAUGGGAAUCGCAGCAGGCGGAAAGCUUGUGCAGGACAUAGUUAAGGACACAUCACCCAACUACGUCUGGAACAAAGCAAGGGCAAAAUUAGUCGAUAUCCACAUCCUCCAUCCUUCCGCUUUCGAGGCCGUUACACAUGUUCUAGCCCCUAAAACUCCAAUUGCCACAGAAGAAUACUUGGCUGCCGGUAUUCCGUUCUACGCAGUAGAAGAGGACCCAGAUCAGCGACUGGACGGGUCCGAAGUGCUGGCUGGAGUGAAGAGCGUCAGUGCGAUGGACAGCCAUGUCGGGGUGCAGGAUGGGUCCAGCACCGACUUUGACCCGUCAAAGCCGAAACGUUGUGCAAAAUGUGCUGUGCGGUUGUGCGAUUGCAUUGUUCGGCCUUGUAACCACCAGUUCUGCCAUGUGUGUAUCAAAGCAAUCGCAUCGCCCAGGGCAAACACAAGUUCAAACGAGCAGCGCUGUCCGCUUUGCUCGGCGAAUAUCGCUCACGUAGCAGGAUUCUCCGCACCAAUGAAUCUGCCCGGGGAGGAAACAUUCAAAGUGGAUGUGCCUGUUGUCAUGUUGGAGGUCGAUGAUGGAAGAACGGCAUUUCAGUCGGUUAUGGAGAUGAGGCUGUAA